AGCCAACGAGAAUGCUGCCCCUUAUUCUUUUGACGCGGUAUCUAUUGCUUUAAUUUAAUUUUAUUUAUUGGUUCCCAACUACAGAAUACCAGAAAAGAUAUCCCCUAUAGUAUUUUAAAUGAAUACGGAAUUUGACGAUGUUUUAACCAAUCAACCGGUAGUGAUCGAUAACGGAUCAGGCGUCAUUAAAGCAGGUUUUGCAGGUGAUGAGCAACCGCAGUGCUUUUUCCCUUCCAUGGUGGGUCGGCCGAAACAUGUACGUAUUAUGGCUGGUGCUGUAGAGGGUGAUAAUUUCAUCGGACGGAAAGCGCAAGAAUUACGUGGAUUACUCAAAAUCAGAUACCCUAUUGAGCACGGCAUUGUUACUGAUUGGGAAGAUAUGGAACGUAUCUGGCAAUAUAUCUACACAGACGAAUUGAAGACACUUUCAGAAGAGCAUCCUGUUUUAUUGACUGAAGCACCUUUGAAUCCUCGGAGCAAUCGAGAUACGGCCGCUCAAAUCUUUUUUGAAACAUUUAACGUGCCUGCAUUAUUUACCUCAAUUCAAGCUGUUCUAAGCCUGUAUUCAUCAGGAAGGACAACAGGUAUAGUCCUCGACUCAGGGGAUGGCGUUACUCAUGCAGUGCCUGUAUAUGAAGGCUUCGCCAUACCCCAUGCCAUCCGUCGUGUCGACAUUGCGGGAAGAGAUGUUACGGAAUACUUACAGCUAUUACUACGAAAGUCAGGCUACGAUUUCCAUACAACAGCGGAAAAGGAAGUAGUUCGUAUCAUUAAAGAGAAGACGUGCUAUAUCGCCUUGAAUCCAAUAAAAGAAGAGAAAGAAACAAGUGGAAAAGUGGAUGAUUUCAUGCUACCAGAUGGAAAUAUUAUCAAGCUUGGAGCUGAACGAUUUCGUGCGCCUGAAAUAUUGUUCCAACCAGAACUAAUUGGAGAAGAACAUCCUGGUAUUCAUCAAGUCAUCGUGGAUUGUAUCAGUCGUGCUGAUCUUGAUUUAAGAAAGUCGCUUUACUCUAAUGUUGUUUUAUCCGGCGGAUCAACGCUAUGCAAAGGAUUUGGCGAACGACUUUUGUCUGAAACGAAAAGGUUGGCUCUAAAAGACUUGAAAAUCAAAAUUUAUGCACCACCUGAAAGAAAGUAUAGUACUUGGAUUGGUGGAUCUAUUCUGGCGUCACUUAGCACCUUCAAAAAGAUGUGGGUAUCCGCUGAAGAAUAUCAAGAAGAUCCCGACAUUAUCCAUAAAAAAGCUUUCUAAUGAGAGUUAAAAUACAAAAUAAACGACGCAUAGAAGAGCAAAGUGAGUGCUUCUCUCUCCAUUUAUUCCCCCCUUAAAUUUGUAUGUCGGUUAGUUCUUUUGUGUUCUUAUCCGUCUGUCGUUACCUACCUUUCAGUUCCAAUUUAAUCUCAGUCAAUUAAACUUUCCAUGCUUGUGUCGAUUUGGAAAUACGAUUAAACAAG